CAAGAACAUAGACUCUAGAGUCUCCUGCAUCUACAAUGGCCUUCAAAUUCGCCGUGUUCGCCGCCAUCGUGGCCGUCGCUAGCGCCGUCGGUAUCGGCUACCCAGCCCCGCUGGGAGCUUACCACGCUCCUCUGGGAGGUUACCACGCUCCUCUGGGAGCUUACCAUGCUCCUCUGGGUGUUGCCAAGGUUGCCGCUCCUCUGGCUGUCGCCAAGGUUACCGCUGACUACGACCCGAACCCACAGUACAGCUACAGUUACCACGUUGCCGAUGCCUUGACUGGAGACAACAAGGAACAGCAGGAGUCUCGCUCGGGAGAUGUUGUCACUGGAUCCUACGCUCUGGUUGAGCCCGAUGGCACCCGUCGUGUCGUUGAGUACACCGCCGAUCCCGUCAACGGAUUCAACGCCGUCGUCCACCGUGAGCCUCUGGCCGUGAAGGCUGUGGCCCCGAUCGCCAAGUACGCCGCUCCUCUGGCUUACCCAGCUGUGGCCAAGGUCGCUGCUCCGAUCGCUCCCUACGGAUACCCAGCCUACGGCAAGGCCAUCCUUGGUUAAACUUGGAUAAGCGCUAGCAACUACCCUCUAGA